AUGGCUAUACAGCAUCCAGUGGUGAAUCGGAAAGAUCCAAAAGUGCCAAACAUUCCACCAGAGACCAACCGGGAGCGAUGGUCCGCCCUGCCGCAUGAGUUUCGCACCUUGUGUUUGAAGGAGGCCUUGCUUUUGCAUCCCUCCCCCGCAGCCUCCUAUGUAGUCCCCUGGACUCCUUGGGAGGGUAGCAAGGCUGGCUCCGGCGGCAUUGGAGAUUUAGAUGUGGCCAUUGCCAUCGCAGCCUGGAGAUGGUUCGAUUUGAUGCAGGAGCUGCUCUUGGGCCCAAGGUCCUCAGCUCUGCUACAGGAGCUUUGCACUCGGACCCGCCAGGGACAACAGGUGCCAGCGCCUGAAGCCUUGGCCGACAUGCGACAGCGCCUGGGCGACUUGAUCCACGAUGGAGGUCCUGCCUUGUUGUCUCUUCCAGUCCUACGCGCGACCUACGCAAAAUUUACCACCGCCCUGUGUCGGCUCUGCUGCCAUCGCCUGGAGUUGGAAAAACCUGGCGAAGAAAAAAGCUUGGGCGCCUGUCUCCGACACUUUUGCGCCCAGCGGCAGAGUGAGCUGCAGCGUGUGCUGCGGGACUUGUCGCGGGAAAGCGUCGAAAGCCGAAUUGAGCUGCUGUGUUGCCAGGUGAUGCGGCUGGACUUCUUCGAGCCCGAGGCCUUCGUGAAACGCGGCAUUUCUCCAACGCGGCCGAGGCAAAAAGCCAUGGAGGACCUGAAGGUGUAUUUAGUCUGGUCAGCGAGGAAAGGUUUUUCAGCCGCCAAGCAUGCGCUGGCAUAUUGGCGGUUAGCCGAGUGCUUCGUGGAAGAGUUGGAGUUUCGUACAGCGACGCAGGGUGCCCUACUGGAGGACCGGACCUUUCACUCCUUGGUCGAACAUGCCGAGAUCAGCCUCAACCUGGCCAUCCGCUACGAUGGCGGCAGGGCGAAUCUGGGCAGCAGCGCUGCCUCUCAACACCUCCUACAGCGUUUGGAGACCUUGCGCUCGGCGCGGCGAACGGCGGUGGAGUUCUUGGACGCUCCGCUCAUUGCGGGUGGUCGAAGCUCGGACGCCUCGGACGCCUCGGAUGCCUCGGACGCCUAUGCGGUGCCCUGGCCUAUGGACUUGACCGCGGGGAUUCCGGACCAAGCCAUCUUCAGUCGUCGGCCAAACAUCGGUUCUUCCCAGAGUCAGAGACCCAUGGAACUCUUAUUUCUGGGCUGUGAGGGAGUGCUGGACAUCAUGGCCACCCUGUCCAACUUGACGGUGCGGGCGGCGGCCUUUGCGAAUUUGUACCCUGAGUGCCUGCAUUGGAAGUACAGACCGAAACCGGUGCAUCUGCACCUCCACGCAGCCACGGUGGAACGUUUGGCACAAUCCCUGCUUUGUUUCAUGAUCAUGAAGCAGAUAGGUGAGAAGGCGGAUGAGUCUUCCGUUCGACAUCGAUGGCUGUGCUCCCUGCUGACGGCGGUGAUCUUUUGCCGAUGCCUCACGGUGCCGCAAAGGAAGGAGGUGGAUCGUCUGCUCCAGCUUCUGAUCUUGGCUGCUGCUGAUUCAGGCUCCAUGAGUAGAGCCUUUCCAUGGUUGGAACUGGACGAUGACCGGAAGACCACGCUGCCCAUGGGGAAGAUGGUGGGGAUGGUGGGGAGGGGGACACCUUGGUUAGUUCCGUUGGGCACGACGGCACGACCCAGCUUGGAGAAUCGAUUCGAUUUUACCAACUUGGACAAUUGUGAUUUCACCCAUAUUUCGGAUUUAACCAAUGCCAAGAAACCAUUGGAUUUUACCAGCAGUAACAGUUACUGUUGGGAUUUAACCAACAUUUGGGAUUUGCCAAAAUGA